UCCUUGUGUUUUCCUUUCCUAAAAAGCAUGUUACGGAAAAAAACAUUAGAAAGUACUGUUUGUGGGUUAGAGACGGUUCACUAUAAUUUUCAUCCAGUUAAUAUUUUGAUUGUAUGCAAAAACACAAAUUGACAUUGGAGCUCUCAACAAUGGCUGUUCUGAGAGUUUUGGUAUUGGCUCUCGUGGUGUCGACGUUAGGGUGGUUGGUGGAAUCGAGCAGCGACAACAACAAAGUGUACUCGCCUUGCGCGGACGCCAGUAUACAGCGAUCCGAUGGGUUUACCUUCGGGAUCGCCUUCGCGACUAGGACUUCCUUCUUCUACAACACUUCGGUCCAACUCUCUCCCUGCGAUAAGAGGCUCUCUCUCUCUUCCUCCAACUCUCAGAUCGCUCUCUUUCGCCCUAAAGUCGACGAGAUCUCUCUCCUCACCAUCAACACCUCUACCUUUUCUCCGGAUUCUAGUGGUGGAUAUAUGGUGGCAUUUGCUGGUCGAAAAUAUGCUGCAAGGUCCACCCCUGCUUUCGUUGCAAAUAGUACAUAUACCGUAACCAGCUUCACACUUGUUCUUGAAUUUAAGAAGGGCAGGCUUCAAAACCUAUAUUGGAAGAGGGAUGGCUGUGCUAAAUGCUCAGACAACACAAAUUUUGUCUGCCUCAAUAACCAGGAUUGUGCAAUCAAAACAAACAAUUGUAAGAACCAUGGGGGUUCUGUAGAUUGUAGCCUCGGGAUACAGCUGGCAUUCUCUGGCACAGAUAAGCAUUAUUCAGUUUUCAACUCAUGGUAUGAAGUGAAAAACCUCCGUCAGUAUUCCCUCUAUGGCCUCUAUUCAAAUCUCAAGGAUUCCCUCACUGGCCAGUAUAACAAGAUCUUUUAAGUGGUUUGUGUAUCAACUUGUGGUUGGGUUGUAAUUUUUCUGUUAUUUCUCUAUCUAUAGUACUUGUCCUUCCUCUUUUCUUGUUGCAAAGUUUCUUCGAAGUUGUGUAAAUUUCUCCACUUCAGGUCUCUUUCUAUUUUAUUUUAUUUUUUUACCCAAACAAAAGGACUCUUUCUAAUUUAUGAAUGGAUGAUAUCAUUGUAUGGGAAGUUUUAUUUGUUGUC